GUACGGUUGAAGGGCUCCCGGAAUUGGAUUCUCGGACUACGACUACCCUCACUAACGCCGCUAAUUCGUGGGGUCAUGGUAGCAGCAUCUGCGGUGGAUCCACGAGAUUGAACCCUUGAAGCCUCAACGUUCGAAGCCUCAGCAUUCGAUGAAGUUGUGGCAGGAGCCAGGACGUAGGGGUCCCGAGACCCUCUUGGGCUUUCAACGCUGGACGAGGCCGUACCAGCUCCCUCAGAGGGCUCACGAAACUGGAUCCUGGAGCCUCCCUCGGUGCCGUACAAGGUUGUGGGAGCGCCAAUGAUGUAGGGCUCGUUGCGGGGGAGAGGUCCCGCGCUGUAUGAAGCAGUGGCAGCCAUGAUGAACGCCUGUGUUGGAUACAAGCAGUUGAAUCAGGUUGGACUGUUGUUUGAUAUGUUUCUUUUGUCGUUCAGUGUGUUCUCGUCUCGUCUUGUUCAAAGAUUAAGAGGAGAGUGGUUGUUUCUUUUGAUUCUGGUCAAUCAUCUGAUAACCAUCUGGGAAUAUCCCGCCCCUUAUAUACCCCUUCUCUCCUCCCUCUCGCCAUUCCAGGGUCCACCCGCGCAGACCACAGCCUCCCUACCCCGCACAGAUCUGGACCCUGGGCCGACGUCAUAUCCUCCUCGUCGCUCCUCCCAUCGCUCCUCUCAUCGCCUCCCUAUCGCCCCCCUUUUCCCACAAGCCGCUCCACACUCCACCCCCCACCCAAUCAGCACGCCCCAGACCCCCACUACCCCAAGCCUCCGUCUGCUCAUCCUGACGUCCUUUCUCCAUCUCGCCUCUCUCGAUGUACUCAUACAACCGUGGCGACCAAGAUCGCCCGCAUCCGCGUCUGUAUCUAUACAUCACCCGCCCCACCCGCUCCGCUGCUGAUUCGCUAGCCUUCCAAGGCGUGAGGCUAUCAUCGG